GCUGGCAAAAGGUGGUAUUCAUGAUUGCUGUAUACCAGCACUAGCACUCCGGACACCACUUUAUUUCCGCAUCUUUGCGGCGUACUCAGACCGCAGAUGGUGACGGUACGAACUCAGGUACAGGCUUUCACACGUCCGAUGGACUACCGCGUCUUCAGGGGGACUUCUCUUGACGAGCAUCUCAUUGUCGCCAGGCCAGCACAGGACAACCGACUUGGACAUUACAUCACACGGCUUACCCUUCGUAGUAGCUUCGCCUUCUAUCGAGGCAGGGGUUCGCCCUUUAAAAGGCGGUGUAGGUUCAAAAGCCACUUCGUCCGCGGCCUACACUCAGCGUGAUGUUACGGCUUUGCGUAUUCAAUCUCGCCCGGCACGAUAGGCGAGGUCUUCACGCACGUCCCACGCUUGUGGCUCCCUUUGCCAAACACACCUGCAAUCACAGUCGUAGGGCUAACGAAUCUUGAUAGGGCUAUUGCUUAAGAUUCAUCUGGCUGCCGCGAAAAGAGGUGAAAUGUUACCAAC